CCGAGCGGGGCGACCGGUUGCAGAGGCUGCCUCCGGAAGCGAGAGCGGCGAGGGCUGCGCUGGGACCGGCCGGCGGGUUCCGCGUCUCCGGCUUCGGGAAGUGGGGGAGGAUGCAGCCGAGGGUCGCCGCUGGCCUCAGCGGCCGGGCGGGCGCGGAGUGAGCAGCGCAAGAGUCCCGAGAAGAACUCCAGCCCCCCCGAGCCGAGCGUCGGUCUCCCUGCCAGUCCGCCCGCCCUACCCGGUUCCCUCCGCGCCCCGGCGGCGCCCGUCCGGCUGGUCCGCCGCCGCUCUGGCCCCGUCAGGCCCCUUCUCUCUGCGCUGCGGCGGGCGGAGGCGGCGGAAGGAGAAGCUCAUGGAAGGGAACCGCGACGAGGCGGAGAAAUGCAUCGGAAUCGCCCGGGAGGCCCUGGAGGCCGGCAACAGGGAGCGAGCGCUGCGCUUCCUCCACAAGGCCCAGAAGCUCUACCCGACUGAGACCGCCAAGGUGUUGCUGGAAGCAAUUAUGAAAAAUGGAAGUGCUGCUGGGAGUGGCACUUACGGUAAAAAACCAUCAAGUGGCAAUGAUCAGAGUAAGCCAAAUAACACGAAGGAUGGUAGUGCAUCUGCUGCAGGUGAAAGUGGGAAGACAUACACCAAAGAUCAAGUGGAAGGAGUACAAAGUAUCAAGAAAUGUAAAAGUUACUAUGAAGUCCUUGGUGUGUCCAAAGAUGCCGGUGAAGAAGACUUGAAGAAAGCUUAUCGAAAGCUUGCUCUGAAGUUUCAUCCUGAUAAAAACCAUGCACCAGGAGCAACAGAUGCUUUUAAAAAGAUUGGAAAUGCAUAUGCGGUGUUAAGCAAUCCAGAAAAACGAAAGCAGUAUGACCUCACUGGCAGUGAAGAGCCGUGCAGUCAUCCCGGCAAUGGCAGAUUUAAUUUCCACAGGGGUUGUGAAGCAGACAUUACUCCAGAGGACUUGUUCAACAUGUUCUUUGGAGGAACAUUUCCAACAGGUAGCGUGCAUUCUUUUUCUAACGGACGGUCUGCCUACACUCACCAUAAUCAGCAUCGUCACAGUGGACAUGAAAGAGAAGAGGAGAGGGGUGAGGGUGGCUUCUCUAUGUUCAUCCAGCUGAUGCCCAUCAUUGUGCUGAUCCUCGUCUCUUUGCUAAGCCAGUUGAUGGUGUCUAACCUUCCUUACUCCUUGUAUCCAAGAUCGGAUUUAGGGCAGACCAUUCAGAUGCAAACAGAGAACUUGGGAGUUACUUAUUAUGUCAACAAGGACUUUAAAAACGAAUACAAAAGUGCAUCAUUGCAGAAGGUGGAAAAGAGUGUGGAAGAGGACUAUGUGUUCAACAUUCGAAAUAACUGCUGGAAAGAGAGGCAGCAAAAAACAGAUUUACUGUAUGCAGCAAAAGUGUACCGGGACGAACGUCUUCGGAGGAAAGCAGAAGCCAUAUCCAUGGACAACUGCAAAGAGCUAGAACGGUUGACCAGUAUCUAUCGAGGAGGAUGAGCUAGAUUUUUACUAGUACAGCCUGAAAUACAUGCUCUGUGUGUGUAUAAAAAGAAAAAUCUGUAAAUUGCGAAAAUACUAUUCCGUGAUGAAAGCUGGAAAGAAAGGGAAUGUAAAACUACUGUGUAGCUGUUUCCAAAAACCUUAUCCUGAAAUACCAACUUAAUUAAUUUAAUAGUCUCUUUACUUAGUCUGAAGUAUGUGACAUGGUUCAUUUACAUCAUUGAAUUGUCACUUAAGUUUUACUCCCAAGGCUUCUAUGAACUUUUUCUGCAAGCAAGAAGCAGUUCUGAUAAGCUGCUGCACUUGUAGAGAUGUAGACAUAGUCGUUCUCCUUCUGGAAUACUGGCCUUGUAAAUACAUGUGGGGAAAGAGCACUGUUGUGUAUAUAAAAAAUGUUAGAUCUCAAAAGGCAUUUAGAUGCAUUAAAUCUUUUAAUCUCAUGGAUGGAAUAAAUAGUACAACUACAUCAUUCCUUAUUCCUAUGUCAAGUAUGUGGAAUUGAAAGCAAAAGUUAUUUUAUCUCUUUGCAUAAAAUCUUCUAGCUUGAAGGAACUUGGUAUUUUUUAAAAAGUAACUUGACCAUAUAGAUUCCUAAUGAUAUGCUAAGAUAAAGCAAUGUGAUGCCAGAGCGUUGGCAUUCUUUCAUGUUGUAGUUUUAAUCCUUUAUAUUCAAGGAGUGAGAAAAGGAGUGAUCAGUACCAGUCUGUUUCUUGCUAUAUUAAAUUUUGGAACUGCAAGAGAGAGAGAUGCUGUACUGAUACUGUGUUUAGUAUUUGGAAUACCUAGUAGCAUUCUGUUUGGGUAGUCCAUGAAAAAAACUAGUGCUGCUACUGCUGUGUGUCCUGUUUUUGUUCCCCCCCCCCCCACAUGUGGCUUAGGAUCACACACAGAUGUUUUUGUAAUGUCAGGGAGGAUAUACAACUUCACUGAAUUAUGCCCAGAAUCUACAAGCAUGCUUAAUAUACGUUAAUAGACUUCUUUUCUUUCACUGACAAAAAAAAGUCAUGGAGGAGUAAUUAAAAUGUAAAGAGCAGUCAUUUUUGGAGACUGAUAAUUUUGUUAAUGUACAACUCUGAUACCUGUGCAGGCAUAGCAAAUGGAUCAGGAAAAGUCACUCUUAAAGUUGAGCCUUGUGCCUUUGAAUCCUUUUGCUGACCAUAAGUUAGCUGGUCUGUGAAUUGCUGCUGAGAGCUGUGACUGGAACUGUGUGUUUUUGCCUGGUGACAAGAGCUAAGAGGAGCUGUUUCAGUCCAGAUAUGUGCAGGAUAGAUUUUGUAAACUACUACUACUACAAAUAUUUAGAAGAGCAUUGAGUAUCAUUGUUGAAACAGAAGAUAUCUAAUUCUAGGGGACCAUAUAUGCAAAAUGCAUAUUGCUGCUACUUUUGUUAAUGUAAAUUGAAUAGGCCAUUUUGAGAAACGAUCCAGGAUGCCUGAGAAUUGAGUGCUUGUUCUGGCUUUAGCAAAUGUUCAUAAGCUACUGCACAUCUAAUAGUGCAAUAAACAAAAUGUUUCGAUUGGAUGUUCCAUAUGGUUUAUUGUAUGUGCAGUAUGGGUUGUAUUUUAAAAUAUCUAGCUUUGCAAGGGAAAAAAACAUUUCAAGUUGCACCAUCAAAAUGCCACAUUUAACUAUAAGGCGAACUUCUGGGUUUUUGUUUGGUUUUCUUGUGUGCAAAGGAACUCACUUUCUGUCCUCUAGUAUAAAAUGGGUAUAGAAUUUGGUCUUAAUAGAUUAGAUGUUACUUGAAUCAUUCUUAAAUCUGUCAGUCUUUAUUCAUAGUACCACAAGGACAGAGUUUUGAUGGAUGACACAGUUCUCCAAACACCUGUGAAGGUCUUUUUCAUCCCUGACUAUAAUAAAGACUAUACCAUGUUUUUAGAUUUGUUCUUCUGGACUAGAACUGGUUUUGUAAAAUAUAUGAAAGAAUCCUUAAAAAGAUUGGCUUCUGAAAUGAACAAGUAGUAUCUGUUGGGAGGUUAUCAAAUUUCAAAAGAAAGAUUGAAGUUGAGAACAGUAACUCAAUUUUCUUUCAUUCUUCCCCUCCCCAGUCAGGCUGUGGGUCAAACAGAGGAGCCAUGCAGUAGCACUUAAACGUCUGCUUGCAUGAGAUUCCAUCAAGCUCUCUUAUCAAUUUUUGAAUGCUAAGUGAUAACCAACAUAGGUUCCCUGUGUUCUGUAAUAUCCAAUAACUUGAAUUUAUGAGGUUCAUAUGUAUUUAUUUUGAAAAAUCUGCCUAAAAUUAUGAAGUUGAUGUUUUGUACUCUUUGAUACUUUAAAUUACAUGCAGUAUCAUAACUUUAACAUUCUCUCUCCCCCACACUUAAUUUCCCUUCCUUCCUUAUAGGAACAAAAUAGUGAAAAGAGGAAUUUCCAGCAUGGGUGAAACAAAUUUGGGGCUAAGAUUUCUUUUGACUUUAUAGUGACAAGAGAAAUUACUUUGUUUUUCUUCUUCAGAAUCUUGAGCCUUGACUGAAUCUGAAAUAUGCUAAUGUGGAUAGCUCAACACUUUUACAGAUAAUCCUGAAAAUAGUUCCAAAUACACCAGUUAUAUUGAGCUCAGUGCUGCCUAAUAUGCAGUACAUUAGGAUAGCAGCCUUAGACACAUUAGCACAUGACUCCCCCCCCCCCCCCCCCCGAUACCCGGAUUGAAUUUGAUAUUCCUUUGAAGCUGCGACUAUUUCAUGUUUCAGUGGCACAGGAGACAGGGUCAUAUUUGGCAUCAUUUUCUGAAGGAUGAAAGUGUCCCAUCUCCUGAGUUAGCAAAACAAUGUCCCAAGAACUAUUAUGCAAACUUUGAAAACUCCAUUGCUGACCAGUGUUCCCUCUCACAGAGAUUCCCAGAUGUUGUUCACUACAACUCCUAGCAUCCCCAGCUGCAAUGGCCUUUGGCUGGGGAUUCUGGGAGUUGUAGUCCACAUAAUCUGGGAAUUCCUGUUUGCGGGAACACUGCUGCUGACCCAAAGGUAAAACAUGUACAUGUCCCUUGGUUGUGGCAUUGGGGAAAGGAGGAUGAGAAGAUUGGUGAUGGAGGACAAGUUUCCCACAGAUAUUGUUCUCCUGCAAUAUGCAGCUACAGAUGUAGACACACUUUCAGUUUGCAUGGGGCUGUGGCCAGGUAAACGGUCCUCCACUGGCAUGAACUGAAAUGUGCCUUAGAACCCACCUCAGAAUACUGAAGGAAGCUUUUAACUUCUUUAAACCAUAUUCACAGAAUAAAUGGUGCUUCCGCAGGCAUCAGCAGUCCUCCAAACCUGCUUUGCUUAGUGGAAGCUUGUAUUCAGCAGCUAGCACUGUCACUUGUAAGCCCAUUAUGUUGAAAUAACACCCACUGAAAUUAGUGGAACUUCAAAUAAUGUGUUUAGGAUGGCAGUGUUAAGUAUCUCUAUGAAGUAACAGGUGCUAGUAAACCCUAUGAAAACAGAAUGUGUGUGUGUUGGCAAGCUUGUAGAAUGUUCUUACUGAUAAAAUGCAACCUUUACGUCUUCAGUCUUUGUUAAACUAGUGAUCCCUCUUGUUGAGUAGGGGUUUGGUGUAUUUUACUCUCCUAAUGCAGACUUAAGGUGCAAAGGUUGUAUUUGUUGCUUGCAGCUUAAAGGUCAUCUCUUGUAAAGGUGACCCAAAGACCUAGAGUUGGGUCUCGUUCUUUGCUUUACUGUAAUGUUUACAUGUAAUUUUCCCUUAGAAUUUCAAGAAACUUGUCUUUGGGAUAUUUAGCCCUAUGUCCUGUAAAUGGUAAACACCUUAAGCAACAUUAUUAACUGGUAUUUUCAUCUUUAACAUACGCUUUUCCCAAUGUUAUUUAAACAUAGGUUCUUCCCCAAUUAAAAUAUGCUAGCUGUAGCACUCAUUCACCCUCUUGCUUCUUAGAAUCAUGACUGGAUCUCCCAACAUUUUUAUUUUUACUGCAAAGCAGCCAUUGAGUAGGUGUUGGGGAAAGGGCUGUUUAACCUUUUCCUCCCUUAUACAGUUUUCCCAAUCUAAUAUUCUUCCCUGCUGCCACCAGAUACUAUUAGCCAAUACAAAAGCAAUUCCGGUGUGUGUGUGUGUGUGUGUGUGUGUGUGUGUGUGUGUGUGUGUGUGUGUGUAGGAUUUUAAUCAGGAAAGAGUUGAACAUCUCCUCCCCAAGUAUCAUUAUUUUGAACAAAUCCAAACCUUUCCCCACUCUGCAGUUGCUUUCAAGUAAAUAUUUAAAUAUUGGCAGAUCUGAUCACAGAUCUUGUGCAUAACUUGUAAAUUGGCCCCCCAAAUUCCACAGUCCAAACGAUUUACAUUUUAGGCAUUUAGUCAAGCAGCCAUCACUUUGAUCUUUGUGGAACUAAAAAAGCUUAAGAGUACCUAAGUUAGCUAAGCUAGUUCAUGGACUUGGGCUAUCUUUACCUAGUUCUCAGUGACCUCCAUUUCCCUUGAAAGUGGCCUUGCUGUAUAACAAAGAGGAGAACCCAGGUGCAAGAUGCAUUUCCCUUUGUGAAUGGCCAUGUCGAUGUACAGCCUUUUCAUAUUAUUCAUGAUAAAUUCCUGUUUUUGUAGAAGUAAACUAGAUAUGCAGCCUGAUGCUCUUCCACACAUACUUUAGCUGCUGCAUUGCAAGCAUCAACUUUGAGCGCUGAAAGCCUAAUACUUCCAAUACAUUGCUACUUCUGUUUUAGUUCAUGUGUGUUCGCUCUUUCUCUCUCUCUGUCGUGUAUAUGUGUGUGUGUGUGUAUACACACACACACACACACACACACUCACUAUCCGUGCUCCUUUCUCAAACAUUACAUUAGGCAUAGACAUAGGAAUGUAGCUGUUGGAAUCUGCCACUUACCAAGUUGUAGUUUCAGGGUUUUGGGGACAGUUGGAAUAGAACAGCUGUGAUAAGAGAAAUAUUGAACACUUUCCCUUCAAAAGGCCUCAUUGUAAGACAAUACUGUUCAGAUGUUGUUAGACAAACAAGGGACACUGACUGAAGUCACGUACAGCAUCCCUGAGAAUGCACUUGAAAUUUCCACCUCUACCUUGAAACACAGGAAAACCCCAGCCCUCUCCAUCCUUACACUACUGUAAUUUUGGGAAGAAACACUGCAUCGGUGUAAAUACCACAGUAAGGGGGGAAAGGCUGAAAAACUGCAGAAACACCACAGUUAGAGGGGAACAUCAUUCAUUAUUUUUCCAGAUGAGCUGAACACUUAAAAUUUUACUACAGCUUGAUCCUGAAUUCUAGUGUAAACACUGCAUCCGUGUAAACUCCACAGGUGGCAAUAAACAACUUUUAAUAACAUACCCACUGUGGUCUUUCUACCCAAAAUUACGGUAUUUGUUUGCAGAGACAAAUUCUCCUUGUGGGGAUGUGCCCUAGUGACCUGAUCACAGGAAGAUCUCCCCAUAAGCACAGUGUUGAUCUCUUCAGACGAAUGAGCGGGGUUGGGGGCAAGGCUUUCAAGCACUUUCUUGGAGACUCUCUGUACAUGAAUACGGUACCCCCAGUUUGUGUAAAGCCUGAACAGGGCUGAUGUAUCUAAUACUGGUCUUUUAGAUCCCCAGCUCAUGCCCAUUGUUGGCUUGCAAAUACAUUCCUCUGUGUAGAGCAGGCAUUAUUUGUGGAGGGGAGAGUAUGAUUCGUCUUGAAGAUGGGAGCAAAAUUUUCUCUGCUGGGCUUCCAUCACCUUGAUCCCUCUCCUCUCCUCUCCUCCCAGUAAUGCUAUCUUUCCCCAAACCCCAAGUACAGUACUGUUGACAUUCAGCAAUAAAUUCAAUUGUAUAAGUCUUUAAGCCAUCUUUUAAUUUUAGACGCACCUGGAAAAUGUUCCCACAAUACUGGUUAAAAGGCAUUUUAUGGGUUCCCUUCCCCUACCGCCAGUUAAUAGGAUUUCACUAAUUCAACAUCCAGGAGCCAUUGCAUUGUUCUGGGGGGAUACUGUGGGGUAUGAUUCCACAAUCCACAGGCUGGAUUAACAAGCAGAAGUGAACUGCCUAUUUGGGGAUAUGAUUUAUUUAAAAGCAUGGAAAUUAGAAGUUUUCUUCUAAUUCGGUGACACACAUGGGAAUAACAUGAAUGGAGUAGCCUUUUUUGUAUAGUAUUGGACAGCUGCUCAGAUACACACAAAUACCCCUCAGCUGUACUUGAGACUUUGCAGAGACAGGAUAAGCAGUUAUGGGAUGGAGAAAGGGUACAGUUAACUGCAGGUUUAGUUAGUGCUAAUGCAAGGAAUCUCAAAUGGGGUCCCCAGCUGUUGUGGGACUACACUCCAAUCAUCCCCAGCCACAAUGGCCACAACAUCUGGGGACUCCAGCUGGAGAACUCGAGUCAUAUGUGAAUGCAGUCCAUUGCUUCUGCUCAAAAUCCAUUCAUUUCAAUGAACAUGGUGGCUCGGAGUUCUCUGCAAGCCUCAUUGAAAUGGCUGGGCACUGUUUUGCAGAAGUGCCUAGCAGGUUGGGCCCAAUGGCUGACAUUCAGGCUAAAUUGUUCAUGAGCAGUCCCAUUGAAAUUAAUGGGGCAAGUGAAUCAUAACUUGUCCCAUUAAUUUCAAAGGGGACUAUGCAUGAAUAAUUUAGUCUGGCUGUUAGCCCAUGUACUUAGGUAAUAAGUGACCCUUUUUGUUAAUUUUGCAAAGGUUUUGCUAUUUGCAGGACAGACUAUGUUUCAAAAUCGGGUUAUAUUCUUGCUUUUAAAAAAGAAUCUGCAUCCUUUAAAGCAUGUUGUACAGAACCUUAUACCUUAUAUUAAGGAUUAUUUCAAUGUUGCAGAUGAUUUUUUUUUAAUUUUGUAAAACUUAGUAUGUAUAUUCUUUCUUUCUGCCUUUCUUUCUUUUUGCACCAAAGUCUGUUAGUUUGGGGACUGCUAGACUUGUAAAUGACUAUGAAUGUGUAUAGGCACACACAUUCAUGUGCAUCGAUGUAUACAUUUCUUUUCUAGCUUCAUACCUCAAACUUGAUUGUGUAAUAUUUUACCAUUGUAUGUUUUGCACAGAGUAUCAUUAAGUUUGGGUCAUGAUGGAAAAAAGCAUUUUCCCAAUCCUUUUCUCUCCUGCCCCCUUUGUGACCCAGUGUGGUUGGAACAUUUAACCAUUAUUAUCACCAAGCAUGGUUUGUUGCCUGAACUCUGGUUACAAUUCCAGACAUAAGGCCGGUCCAGAGAUAGCAGGAAAAUAUGGUUUCCUUUUAUUUGAAUGAAUGCCAGACAAUUGCAAUGUCAAGCAUUCCCACCACCAUGAAGCUGUGACAUCAGCAUCCUGGCUUGUUUAACCCAUGGCUCUGCAGCUUGUGCAAAGUUGGAAACCAUUGUUUAACUCAGGGUAAUAAGCAAAGAUGUGAAACCAACUUAAACUCUGGUUACACAUCCUGACUUGUUAACCUGAGGUAAACCACAGUUUUCAGCUUCUCACAAAGCAGUGGUUCAAGCAAGCCAUUGUCCUCAGCAACGCUAGCAGAGGAUGCAAAUGGGGGAGGGAGCAUACGAGCCUGCAGCUCUCUGAGAGCCAUUCAUAUAGUGUGAAACUAUGGUUUUGUUCUGUCUGAACCAGCCAGCUCAGUGAAACCAUGGGUUGCCAAGCUUAAGCUCUUCCCCCAGAGAGGUUAUACUAGCAAGACCUGCUGGUUACCUCAGAAACAAGCUGGAGAAGAGGGGAAAUGCCUUAAUGGUUUACUCAAUGCAGAGAUAAUACUUAACCAUGGUUACUGCAAACCAUGGUUUCAUAUCCUUGUUUGCAACCAAUCCUUAACUAUGCUUCAUGUAUUCAGACAUAAUAGUUCACAUUUUGGUCUGCAUGGGGAGUAUAUAGGAACGUGUAACAGUUUUUACAAGCUCAACCUUUCAAGGAAAAUCCCAUAUACAUUUGCUUUUCCCAUGAGUGUGAAGAUAAACAAAAGAGACAUUUCUCCACAUGGGGGAGGAGGGGGAGAGACUCCUAUGAAAUAUGGCUGGAAAUGCCCUACAGAUCAAAUGAUGUUUUCAAACUAGUUGCUAACCUUGGAUAUUAUUCUGAUAGUAACCUCUUUAUUUGUUGCUGAGGUUUUAUAAACAUAUAAAAUCUUAACUUGGAAGUACAUUCCACUGACAUCACUAAGAGUUAUUUUAAGUAAAUGAGUUUAGGAUUGAGCUGCCAGACAUGCCUCCUGCCAGCUUUAAAAAUUUAAAAGGACUUCAGUGUUAGUUCUUGAAGGGCUGAUAGGAUGAGAGCUCUAAUGUUUGUAAAUCAUGUUUAAGAAAUCUAUAGUGAAAGCCUUGCAAAUAAAAUCCAGUGAAAUUUAAGGUGGCAUAUUAAAGGAGAUCUUGUUUUAUUUAACUAUAGAUUAAAUGGGUAGGUUUAAAAGAAGAAAUCUGAUUUGUAAUGUACCUAAUGUAAUAUCAGACUUAUAUCAAAAUAAAAUUAUUUUCUGUGUGAA